AUGAAAAGUUUUCCAAUUGGUUUUAGGUUUCAUCCUACAGAUGACGAGCUGGUGAGCUACUACCUCCGCAACAAGGCUCAACUGGGCGACGAGUACCGGUCCUCUCACGUCCCCAAUUGUCCUGAAUUCUAUGGCAAAUCGGAGCCAUGGACUAUCUGGGACAAGUACGGUGGUCACGCUGUGGAGGACGGGGAGCCUCUCUUCUUCUUCGCCAAGCGCAAAAGGUUGAACCCUAAAAGCUCACGAUUUGAUAGAAAAGUGGGCACUGGUACUUGGAGCGGCCAAUAUAGGGUUAAAGUUAUGGAGGAGGGUAAGGUUAUUGGAGUCAAGAGAGACUUUCGAUACGAGCGUGGAAGCUCUGCAGAUCAAAACAACCGUUGGUUGAUGGAUGAAUAUGAGUUGAACAAGAAUGACAUAACUGUACUCUGCACUUUGAGAAAAAACCCUACAAACCCACCACCGAAAACUGACGACCCUGCAGACCCGUCACCGGAAACUCACGUUAGUGAAACGGUGGAGAGUACUGUGGAUGAAAGUCGGAGAAAGAGGAAGUUUGACGACUUCAUUGGUGAUCUUGAACAAGACCUAGAUCAAAGGAGAAAGCUUAUUGCAGAUCUAGAACAAAGGAGAAUGCUUCGAGGGAACAAGCAGCCGAGAACGGAAGGGACUUCUUGGGUUGAACAAGGUGGCCACCAGUAG